UUCAAAUUGAUUGACUUGUUUUGCGGUUGCAGUUUAGACUGCAGUUCACAAAUUUUAAUCAGUCAGCUGAUGUACUCAUCACUAGGCAGCACCAGCCAUCUUCCUUGAUAUUCCCGUUGUCCGUCCGCACUUCGUCAGUAAGAUGGAUAACGUCAAGACAGAUGAGACGCUGGUAAAAUCAUCGCCAGUUCUGUGUGACAGCGAGGAUGACGAUCCUCUUUUGGAUGCUGUCCACAAAAGUGGCGAAAGUUGUGAUGAGGACCACAAUCCCGCUGGCUACUGCCAUCCUGCCAGGUUUGGUUACAGAUUUGCCGUGCUGGUUCUCGUGUGCCUGACGAGCUUAGGCAGCUAUUUCUGCUAUGACAAUCCAGCGGCACUACAGACGGAGAUUAUCAAGGAUAUGAAGAUCAACACCAGCCAGUUCCAGCUUCUGUAUUCGUUGUACAGCUGGCCCAAUGUAAUCGUAUGCUUUUUCGGUGGCUUCCUUGUGGAUCGGAUUUUGGGAGUGCGAAUGGGAGCGAUUAUCUUUGGCGCACUAUUGCUUGUCGGUCAUUACAUUUUCGCCGUGGGGGCCUUCGUUAACAAGUUUUGGGUGAUGGAAGCCGGACGAUUUAUUUUUGGUCUGGGUGGAGAGAAUCUGCAGGUGGCAGUAAAUGCUUACGCUGUCAAUUGGUUUAAAGGAAAUAUGCUCAACUUGGUCAUGGGGUUGAGCUUGAGCGUCAGCCGAGCAGGCAGCGCCAUGAACAUGAAUUUGAUGGAACCCAUAUACAAUGCUCUGAAGACACAUUAUGCGGGAUACAUUUGUCUGGGAUUGACGCUGUUUAUCGGUGGAACGACGCUGAUUUUCUCGCAGUAUUGUACUCUUCAGCUGGCGUUCCUCGAUAAGCGUGCCGAAAAAAUUCUCAAGCCCAAAUCCAAGAUUGCUGCCGGCGAGAAGAUAUCUUUCCGGGAUGUCCUGAAGUUUCCUCUGAGCUUGUGGCUUAUAUCCAUCAUUUGUGUUGGUUACUAUACGGCGAUUUUUCCCUUCAUCAGCCUUGGACUAGUAUUCUACGAAAGCAAGUUUGGAGAAAGUUCCUAUACGGCUCAGAAAAUCAAUAGCCUUGUAUUUUUGAUUUCCGCUGUUGCUUCACCUCUUCUGGGCUUCACGAUCGACAGAGUCGGGAGGAACGUUAUGUGGUGUCUGGCCUCUAUUUUGCUUACAUUGCUUGCCCAUGCCCUCCUAUCCUUCACCUUCUGGAAUCCAUUUAUUGCCGUGUCGAUCAUGGGAAUUGCAUAUUCCAUGUUGGCUAGCUCCUUAUGGCCAAUGGUUGCUUUGGUCGUCAAAGAAGAGCAUCUCGGAACAGCUUAUGGAGUGAUGCAAGCUGUGCAGAAUUUAGGGCUGGCAGUCUUCUCCAUUGUGACGGGGGUGAUCGUGGAUGGCGCUGGGUAUCUGAUACUGGGUGUUUUCUUCUUGGGUUGCUUAUGCGUGGCUCUUCUUGCUGGAAUCGUACUAUUUCUGUACAACGAAAAAGUCGAUGGUCUCCUCAAUUUGUCCGCCCGCGAGCAACACGAAAGGUUCAAAAAGCACCAAGAAGCCACGGCUGCCCAAGCCGGCAUGGAUCACAGUGAAACGGAUAAGCAAAUUUUAGAAGCAUAAACCGGUGUGUUGAUUAUGCUCAAAUGUUAUUGUGAUUGAUGCUCAUUCAUUGUUGACUCAUUUACGAGUUCCGCGAUUGCUUGGCCAGCAUUCGUUUACGUUGUGAUACUUUUUAUUUCGUAUUGUUAUAUCUUUUAUAUUUGCUUUCUAUGUAUACCUUUUCGGCAGUUUUAUUCACUUCCGUUACACGGAUGCAGUGUUAAGCAGUUAAAUUAAAGGAAACGCGAAUAAAAUA